AUCCAUAACCACCGCGUGGAAUGUUUUGAUACGAUGUGUUGAGCUAAGGUGAUUUUCAUCCCUUGUUACACUCAAAAACCACGUGUUUUUUGAUGCCGCUCUAAUCGAAAACAACUGAAUUGUUUAGUGCUUCGUCUAACUCAAACGCAACAUAUUCUUUAUUUGUGGAUAUUAAUUAAAUAUUAUUAAAUGGUGUCACAUUCUUUCAUGAAAUGUUAUGGAAAUACAUGAAUAAAAUUAAUUUUAUCUAUCCACGUGUGCUGAACAUAGUAUUCUGUGUUUCAUGCCUCUUAAAUGCAUUUGAAAGAAAACAUUAAUGGAUAUAAUAAUUAUUAUGAUAGUUUAACUAUAUUAAGACUAUUAAGAAUAAACAGUAUACUCUAAUUUGCUUUUUAUAAAAAUGACAAAUACGAACGUGGAUGUACUAGUGUGCUUUUAUUUAAACAUUAUUAAUAUUUCGAACACUGCAAAACGUGAAAACAACAUGAACUUAAUUUAAUUUUUUAAUUAAAGUGAAUCUGUGAAUAUGUGUUUUAUUAAUUUAUAAGACCAUAACAAUAUAUUGUACAAAUGGGCUUUUCAUUGUUAGAAAUAUUCUCCAUAGUUUUUUUCUAUUCAUUAGUUUCUGUAGUGUCACCUGAUAGCCGACAAGGUCCACGAUUCGUCCAAGAGCCACCUAGAUAUAGAGUUGACUUUGCAAAUGGCACUGGCACUGUGCUAACAUGUAGUGCACAUGGUAAUCCUCAACCUAAUCUAACAUGGCAGACGGGAGGUGGAGUUACGGUGUCUGAUGUACCAGGACUAAGACAUGUUCGACCAGACGGUUCCCUUGUUUUUCUGCCUUUUAGACCUGAAGAAUACCGCCAAGAUGUUCAUGAUGCAGUGUAUAGAUGUGCAGCGACUAAUAGUGUUGGCACUACUCUCAGCAGAGAGGCUAAAGUUCGUGGUGUUGAAAAUUAA